CCACUUGUUCUUCUGUUCGUUUUUCUGUCAAAAGAGCAAUUCCGGCAAAUUUACUGUUUUCCCCUCAAAAACAAUGCUCGGACUACAACUGCUACUUCGGCAGUCUAUGCUCGGCUGCAAUGGCCGCCUAUCGUUGUCAGCGCCGCCCCCACGCCCUCCGCUCAAUUCACUGUCUUGGAAGUCUCUCACUCCUCUGUCUUCUUCCCGUCUCAAUCUCAAAUUUCCACUUCGAACUUCCCUGUCUCGCCUCUUCUGUAAUUUGAAGGACUCAGAUAUUACAUCACAACUGGAACUUGGGAAGCCCGUUGAGAAGCAUAAGCCACAGAAGCGUGUAAAUGGAAUUUUCUGGAUUCUACUCAUAAACCUUGGAAUAUAUGUUGCUGAUCACAUUUUCCAGGCUCGGGGUAUAAGAACAUUGUAUUUAUACCAUAAUCAUCCUGCUUGGUAUCAGUUUGCGACUGCCACAUUCUGUCAUUUCAACUGGAAUCAUUUAUCAAGCAACCUCUUCUUCUUGUAUAUUUUUGGAAAGCUUGUCGAAGAGGAAGAAGGAAGCCUUGCAUUAUGGUUUUCUUAUCUAAUAACUGGGGUCGGGGCAAACAUUGUUUCUUGGCUAGUUCUUCCUAGAAAUGCUGUUUCUAUUGGGGCAUCUGGUGCCGUAUUCGGACUCUUUGCUAUUAGCGUACUCGUGAAGAUGUCUUGGGAUUGGAGGAAGAUUCUUGAGGCGCUUAUAUUGGGCCAAUUUGUGGUAGAAAGGGUGAUGGAAGCCGCCCAAGCUUCAACGGCAUUGCCAACCGGUUUUAAUGGAGGCUAUGCACUACAGACAGUCAAUCACAUUGCACAUCUCUCAGGUGCGUUAAUCGGUGUAGCUCUCAUAUGGCUCCUAAGCCAGAUCCCUUCGGAACCAUCUGAAACACAUGCGAAGAAGAAGAAGAAUUGAAGAAGAGCUAACUAGCUCUUUCCCCGAAUGCAUUGCUUUGCUAAAAAUAUAUAUAGGCCCUUGACAAGGUCCCGGUGUCCGAAUUUGUCACGGAUUAGAAACCGAGGCAGGCCAAAAGGUGCUCUGCCUCUAAUACUAUAAGGGUCUGUUUGGUGCAUGGAAUUGACAGAAUUGAAAUUGAGUUGAAAUUGGAAUUCUGUAAAAAUGAAUUAGAUGGACUUGA